AUGGGUCGUGGGCAGGCCAGGGGUGGUAAUGGUAAUGGACGUGGACGUGGAGCACCAGGCAAAAAUAAAGUCCUUGCUGAGGCGAGGCAGCCAGCUUUGGUUUAUGCUGCUCGUCGCCGAGAAGACGGGGAUGCCCCAGAUAUGAUAACGAGUAUGUUCUUUAUAUAUGAGUUACCUUGCACUGCUUUGAUUGUUAUUGGAUCGACACAUUCAUAUGUUGCAUGCAAUAUGACUGAAUCUUUGAGUGAUAUGUUUGAAAUUACUUCGAAUGAGAUAACUUUGAUAAGUCCGUUAGGUCAGCCAGUGGGAGUGAAUAAGUUGUUUAGGAAGGUACCCUUAGUAGUACAAAGGGUUACCUUUUUAGCGGACUUGAUGGAGUUGUCGUUUAGUGAGUUUGAUUUAAUCUUGGGUAUGGACUGGCUGGUGAAACACCGAGCCACCUUGGAUUGCACUGUAAAGCGAAUGGUGUUAAGACCAAUGGAGGAUAAGGAGGUGGUGGUGAUUGGUGAACGUCGGAAUUAUCUAUCCAAUGUGAUUUUGGCAUUAAGGGCUAGGAACGACACGGAGGUUAAGAGCCCUACUGUUGAGGAGUUAAGAACAGUUAGGGAAUUCCCUGAUGUUUUCCUUAAAGAGUUACCAGGGUUGCCACCCAACUGGGAGGUAGAAUUUGGAAUCGAAUUGUUACCUGGUAUGGCUCCGGUGUCUAUCGCCCCUUAUCGGAUGGAACCAAAUGAGUUGGUGGAACUUAAGGCACAGAUUUAG